AUGUCUUCGUCCGACCCAGCUGCAUCUACUACUGCCGCCGACAAUGCGCCUCCCCGUGCGGAACUGGAUACCACCAAACUCCAUGCGCUGCCCUCGGAACAGCAAGACCUGUACCUGCUCACCUUCACUUCGGAGCUUGUCCAGCACAUCUCCGCCCUAGAUCGGACUCAGGUCUCGGCUCAGCAGAAGUUCCUCAAGAAGGAGCUAUUCAAGAUCCUGACGCUCUCCUCGCCUACGAUCACGCGCGUCAUUCGCAACAAUCUCGGCCGAUGUUUCGGAGCCAUAUUCAGCAAAGGCGAUCGCGGGAUAUUGUUUGAAACGGUUACGGAGCUACUGGCGGCCUUAAAUGCUGGGAAAAGUGAAGCGGAAUUGAAGACCAAGUUCGCCGCUGUCCAUUGUCUGGGGGAGGUCUUCGCUGUCGCAGGUGAAAGUGUCUUCGCGCAGUCUGGCGUGGUGAUUUUCAGCUUGCUUAAGUUGUUGAAGAAUUCCAGUAACCAUACGGGUCUACGGGGUACGGUCUUUGCGGUCCUGCGCAAGGUGGUUGUCGGAGCCGGGGUUCCUGUGGACGAAGGUACCGCUCGAGACAUUUGGAAACAGGCUCGGAAUGCGGCGACGGGAGACAAGUCGACGUUCGUUCAGGUGCACGCUUGCCGGGUCCUUGAGCAGUUGGUCAAUACGACGCCAUUCUUCGACAAUGCGAACGAUUUCGAGAACCUGAAAGCGGUGGUUUGGAAGGUCUUUGAUAGUCCUGUGGCCCCGGUCAGACAUGCCGCCGCCGCUUGUCUUGCUCGAGCGCUAGCCAAGCUGCACGCUACCGACUCGCGCAUAAUGGCAGCACCGAAACCAAAGAAAUCGAAGAGGAUGUCCAAGAAACCCGCACCGAAGCCUGGUGAGGACGAGGAAGAGGCUGAGGUCUCGGAGGCCUCCGCACCGAAGAAAUCGGAGGCCCGGUUGUUCUUCUUAUUACCUGAUCUCCUUCGUCAGCUGUCAAGCCAAUACCUGCGGAGCACAACUACCAAUCGUUCGCGGGCGGCCAUUGCGGUGUGCUACAAACACGUCCUUCGUAUACUCGGAGAGAAGCUUAUCGAAGAGCGUUAUGGCGAGAUCGCAAACCAUUUUUGUUUCGAGCUUCUCAACCAUCCCACAGUCACGUACAACAGGUUCAGGCUGCUUAUGACUAGGAAGUUUGUGAAGAGCAUCUUGGAAGACACAGUUGGCCGCGAAUCGCUGCGCGAAAACAGUCAAUCGAAUGCUGCUAAGUGGUUGAUCAACGAAAUCAUCAAGGACUACCCACAAGUCAUCCAGGAGCGCCGUGAGCCUAGCAAGUACACACUGACUAGCGCCCUCAGUGCCUUGUCCUCUUUGAUUACUUGCCUCGGCUCUGCCUUUGGAAGUUUGGCCGAGCAAUGCCAUGAAGCCUUACUCCAGGUUCUCCCUCACCCUAGUUAUACCGUUCAGAUCCAUGCCGCGCAAUGCCUACGCAGCUUCGUCCUUGCUUGCCCUCACCAGCUUUUGUCAUGCGUUACGAUCUGCCUCAACAGCCUCAACAGGGAGGUUGGUCAACUCUCCACCCCUCGGCAGGCCCCUCGCCGCUGUGUUGGCUAUGCGAAUGGCCUAUCGGCAAUGCUGAGUACAUCUCGUUUGCAACCGCUUUAUGGAUCCGUCGAUGUGUUCUCCCGUGUGUUUACUCAGGCCACCGACCUCCUGAAAACGAGCAGCAACUCCGAACUACGUGCCGCAAGUACGCAAAUCCAGGUGGCCUGGAUCUUGAUCGGAGGACUGAUGCCGCUUGGUCCGAGUUUCGUGAAGAUUCACUUGUCACAGUUGAUGCUGCUCUGGAAGAAUGCCCUUCCCAAGCAUCUCGGCAAGGAGAACUUUGCCCAGCGUGGGACUCUGGAAAUGAGCUUCCUCGCACACGUUAGAGAAUGUGCUUUGGGCUCACUGUUAGUGUUUAUGGAGUUCAAUAGCAAAUUGAUUACGGCGGACGGCGCGAGGAGAAUAGCUGCCAUGCUAGAAAACACUGUCACCUUCCUCCAUGACAUGCCUCGUCAGAAGUCUGUAAAUGAUAUUUCUCAGCGUUUGCACCCAUCAUUGCAGCUUCAUGACAUUGAGACAAUGGUUCGACGGCGCGUGCUCGAGUGCUUUUCCAAGCUUCUCCAUGUCCACCCGCUGAGCCAUGCCGACGUGAUCUCUCAGACCAGUCUUCUGAGCCUCGCCAUUUCUUCAUUUGCGGACCCCGACGCCACUCAAACUGCUCAUAUCGAGAGUUCUAUUGCGGCAUCCACCGCCCAAUUCGAAUCUUUGUGGGAUCUGUGCGAUAACUUUGGCUUUGGUGUGUCAGGCCUGGCCAGGGAGUAUGUCCGCGUGAGCCUUACUGGAAAAGAUGAGAAUGACAAUGGUCCUGCUUGGUCUGCCGUAGACUCUGCAGACCAAGCUAUCGAUGAUGCUUUGACCUUCCCCAUUUGUCAAGCAAGCGAACACGACUCGCUAUUGCUAUAUUCGCCUGGUAAAAAUGGAUGCGACUUUGCUGACCCGCAUUCUACCGGAGUUGUCAACGCAGCCGUCGAGCUUUUUGCCGUUGCUAUACCACUCCAUGCCCCUCGGGUGCAGGAGAGCAGUAUCGAGCAAAUCGCCACUUUCCUCUCAUCUCCCAGUCUGCAGCGUAACCUUGGUCGUAAAGCCGCUAUGAUCGUAAACAUCGCGGUGGCAUUGCUUCAUGCUCUGAAGGCUGCUGCCAGAGAUACCGGGUCUGCUGGGAAACUCAACCCCGCGACUGACAAAGUCUUGCAGGAGCUGCUACAGAAAUUCGUUACCGACCCCGACUCAAUUGUUCGGACGAUUGGUGUCGAAGCUUUCGGAAGACUCUGCGAUAGCUCUGGAAAUACGUUCACUAGCACCCAAAUUAACUGGCUUGUCGAUACAAUCGUUGAAAACCGAGAGCCUAACACUCGUGCCGGGUGUGCCGCUGCGUUGGGUUGUAUCCACUCCCAGGUUGGUGGUAUGGCAGCCGGACUGCAUUUGAAGACCAUCGUUGGCGUAUUGAUGUCGCUGUGCAAUGACCCUCACCCUGUGGUCCAUUUCUGGGCACUCGGAGGCCUGGAAAGAGUUGCCAACUCCGCCGGAUUGACCUUCUCGCCCUUCGUCUCUAGUUCCCUCGGCAUGCUUGCCCAGCUCUACAAUGCGGAUACCCACAACGAGGAGUCAGCGACAUUGGCAACUUCUAAUAUCGAAAUCUCAUUCCUCACGCCUGUGCUGAUUAGCCGUUGUGUUGAUUCUAUGAUCAACGUCUUGGGGCCUGACCUCCAGGAUAUUGCAAAGACGCGCAAUCUCAUCCUCACUCUUCUUCGCCAAUUCCAAUUAGAGGACAACCCGGCUCUGGUCACCGAGAGCUCCAAAUGUCUAGACCACCUGUCAUUGUAUGCACCGGGAUAUGUAGACUUUCCUGGCUACGUCAACCGGUUGCAGAGCGAGCUGUCCUCUAACAACCCCCUGAUGAGAGACGUGGCAAUUCGAGCAUUGAGCAACCUCAUGAAGCGUGAUGCGGUGUCGGUCAUUAAGACAGCUUCGCCUACCCUCGAGGAGGAAAUCUGGCUUGCUUUUGACGAUACGCCCGACAACUCGAUACUUAGAAACAUGAUCCAAGAUUGGUUGCAACAGACUGCUCUUGUAGAGACCGAGCUAUGGAUCCAGCGUUGCCACAAUACGUUGACGACGACUCGUCUUAAAUUGGACGACAUCCCAGCGACGUCUACUAUCAAAACCGCUGUCAACGACGUGCCUGACGAUGAGGUUGCAGGAUUUGCCUCUGCUAUUGCUGGAGCAGGACAACAUGACAAUGCGAAUGACACCGUGGCUGGCCAGGAACUUCUGAAGUGGCAGACUCGCAACUUCGUCAUGGGCUGUCUCAGCGAACUCCUGGACACGAUCAAUGCCGCAAUCCUUCCGGACCAGACAAUCCCGGCCGAGCUCGCGCUGCAGCAAAACGUUGGGGACAUCGUUCGCAUGGCCUUCUCGGCGUCCACAGCGAGCGUGAUCGAACUGCGCGUCUGGGGCCUGAAGAUCCUCGAUCAAGUUCUCAGGAUGUUUGGUAAAACUCCUGACCCAGACUUUGCCGAAGCAUCUCUCCUCGAGCAAUAUCAGGCUCAAAUUGGCUCGGCUCUCACCCCAGCAUUUGCUGUGGAUUCAUCGCCGGAGCUUGCAUCGGAAGCAAUCAAUGUUUCUGCCACUUUUAUUGCCACCGGCAUAGUGACCAAUGUAGAUCGGAUGGGCCGAAUUCUCAAACUCUUGGUGCUUGGUCUUGAGAACUUCUCGAAAAAUCCCGAUACCACUGAGAUAGGAGACCUGAAGGGCCUGAACUCUAACGCGAGAGUCAUGGUCAAGAUGGCCUUGUUCUCCGCUUGGGCUCGGCUACAAAUCGCCAGUAUUGACCAGGAAUAUCUGAAUGAGGUCGUUCAGCCAUACCUUGUGAAACUUACCCCGUUGUGGCUUUCGUCCCUUCAAGAAUACGCACGGCUGCGCUUUGAGCCAGAUAUCUCCGGGAGCUUGGGUACUGGUCCCUUGAGCAACAAUCUGGAUGAGGUUUACGCUGCGUUGAACCGAGAGACUCUCUUGAAGUUCUACCAAGAUACUUGGCUGAGCCUUGUUGAUGCCAUUGCCGGUCUGGUGGAGAAAGACAUUGACUUUGUCUUCGACGCGCUGGAUGGGAAAUCUCAACCCGCGGAGCCCGAAAAACACGAAGAGGAUGAACAGCACACACCCAAGGAAGAAGCCGGAGGAAAAGGCCAUGAUAUCAAUUAUCGGGAUGAACCGGUCGCAUUCUUCUUCGUCCUUUUCGGUCUGGCCUUUGAAGCUCUGGUUGACCAAUCUACGACGCCACCCCAGAGACUGGAAAUUCUACAGGCUCUCAAGAGGAUUCUGCGGCCUAUCAUCUCCGGAAAUGCAAUCUACCAAGACGCCAUCUUCUCAGAGACCAUGGAUUCGCUCGACCGUCUCGUGCUGACCGAGGGGUUCCCCAUUCAAAACGUGAUUGUUGAGAUUGCACGAAAUCUGUCUCUCGACCACCCCUCUGCGAAGGGCAGCGAAAACCGAACCGAUCAUCUCUCUGAUGACAUUGAGCAGCUCUUUGAGCUGACGAGAAGCAUCAUCCUUGUGCUGGCCGGGCUCUUGCCCAACCUUCGCGAAAACUCGCCGCUUGCACGAUUCAACGUAGGAUCGGACGACUCGCUGUCCCUUAUCCGGCUCUCCUUGUCAUCGCUGGUCAACGUGGCAUCCAUUUUCCCCUCGAUCAUCCGCAAUGACCUCAACGCAUGUAUCCUCCACAUCUUCAGCACCAUUCUUGCCACAGGACUUUGUCAAGCCCAGGUCGUGCCUCAAGCUCUUCCGAUCUUCAAACAUUUCAUUGCCGGCAUCAGCAGCAGCAACCGAAACUCCGACAACCUCAGCGUCAUCUCCCGUCAGAUGCGCGGCUGCCUCACCCGGUUCCUUACCACUCUCACCAUCGCCCAGCGCCGCGAAUCUGAGUCCUCGAUGCCCUGCGCAAAGAACACCCUCCUGGCGAUCACGAUCCUCUUAACAACCGGAAGCCACGUGAUCCCGCCUCAGGACCCUGUCAUCAUCCAAAUCCUGGACGAAUUCCUCGACUGCCUCCAAGACGUUGGUCUCGCCAACGUCGCCGCCGGCUGCCUCCGUUCCAUCCUCCUCACCCCCACCCCGAGAUCGCCCACUGACGACCUUGUGGCCCGCUACCUCUUCCCCAAGCUCAUCAGCUUCCUCGUCGGCUGCCCAACCUCCUUGGGCGAAAUCCCUAAUGACCCCGAGAAUUCGCGGGCCGUCAUCGCGCGUACUCUCGUCUCCUACGUCGGCACGGCCGCUGACGUCCCAACCGCCCUGUCCCUCAUGAUGUCCACCCUCCUUGCGCGCGCCCGACGCGAAGGAACACCCAUCUACAAAGAAUCCGCUGUCCUGCUCCUCGACCUCGCCAAGACCAAUCAGGCCGUGUUCCGCGCCCUCGUGGCCACCAUGCAGCCGGAGCAGAAGUCCCUUCUUGAGGAGAUUCUUCGCAGCGUGGAGACUGACGCCGGUGCUACGAAGAGCGCGAGAGACAGCGCGCAGGCGGGUGGACAGCAGGCUAUGCCUAGUAUUGCGUUGAGGAUGGAUUUUUAG